AUGGAGGGUGCCGACGACGUCGAGAUCAAGCAGCCGUCGGUUGCACCUACAGAGCCGCACCAACAGACCCCCCCCGCCGUCGAGACAUCUACUCCCACAGACCCACUCUUGUCGUUGCUGCUGCUGCUGUUGCGUCCUUUGCGCCUGUUUUGCGGCAUGGCAUACGCGCACCUGCUAUGA